ACCCAAAUUCAUGAUUUGAAACAAGCUCAAAACCCAUCUUCAAUACAACUACGGUCAACAUUGCUGGAUCCUGCGGUGAAUUUGUUGUUUCAACGAAUGAAAACAGACUUGGAGCCUGAAAAGGAGAAAUUGGAACACUGAGCUCAGAAUGACCUCAGUGCUUGGAAGUUUACACCCGACAGGUGAUGCUGCUGAUUUUUUAGUGCAACCUUGAAUGACUUACUGACAACAGUACUGACCUCUUACGUUCUGUUCACACGAAGUCUUUUCUGUGCCAAAUGGAUCAGAUAUGAUACCGAAAUGGACCGCUUCUGUUCACACGGGACCGGUCUUUUUAUGAGCAUUUUGUUUACACGGAACCUUUCUGCUGUUGUCCGCUUUUGGAGGCUCAGGUGGAAACAAGAACCGGUCCUCGACGACAUCGGAUUGUUUACACGUACAAAAAGGCAGAGUACUUAAUAGGAGCCCUGCGUACUUGUACAAGACCGUUUACACGUUAUUGUUGUUGUCUUUUUUCUCCUUUUGAGAUCAGCACCCCAAAAAUGUUGUAGACCUGUACCGAAGAGUGGACAAGCAUUUACACAUUAAAAAAAGGAAACAAAAAUGCGCUACGGAACCGAUUGUAUUCGGAUGAAAAGUCCCGUUUACGCGAGCGAAACGGAACGUCACGGCUCCAACAAAAACGAUACGUUUGAAUCUACAUUGUAGUCUCCCACGCAGCCGUUUUUGUCUCGUCGCGCAACGCUCCUCCUUAAGAAAUCGCUUCUUACAUUCGAGCUGUUGGGGAGGAGCAUUGCGUGACGAGACAAAAACGGCUGCGAAGGAGACAAGUUUGAAUGUUACCCGUUUCGUUCCUAGAAAAGUCCUCUAAGAUCGGUUCCGUACGUGCAGUUUUCUUUUCUUUUCUUUCCAACGUGUAAAUGCUCGCCCUUUUUAAGGUACCGAUCUUUAGGUACGUGGGGUCUGGAAAAAUAACAACAACAACGACGUGUAAACGGUCUUGUACCCGUUCCCCAGGGAUUUUACGUACCUUGGCUGAGUUUUCUCGGGUGUAAUCACUGACAAAACCUGCAGGUGUAAAACCAACCAGUAUUCAUUGAGAACCGGCCCUUGUUUCUACCGGAGCCGUUCCGUCUCUUAUGAACCUUUUUUAUUUGCACCAGUUAAGAUAAAAUUGGACGGUGUGUGAUUGCCAGUUAAGAAUGAGGAAUUACGGUCGUUUCACCCACUUCUUUGUUUUACUGGUACUCAGUUCGCGGAGAAAACGUUUUAAAAACUGGUUUUGUGUGAAUUGUGUUUUACAGUGUAACCGGUAAGAAACUGAUGGCGAAAUGCCGCAUGUUGAUCCAGGAAAAUCAGGAGCUCGGUCGUCAGUUGUCGCAAGGACGAGUCGCUCAACUGGAAGCUGAACUUGCUCUUCAGAAAAAAUACAGCGAUGAACUGAAAGGCAGUCAAGAUGGUAAGCUGACAAUACUGCGAAGCUAGCUACUGUUCUAAAUUGAGUUAACAAGAAUGAGAGUGAAUUGUUUUCUGACUGGUACACUUCUAGGGUCUGGGUCAAAGACGUGGCUUUUUAAGUUAAUUCUGUUUGUUUUAGGGAGUAACAAGCUCUUACUUAGAUCACGGCUUUGUGACGUGCAUUAUAACCAAAUCACAAUUACAUGGAAACUCUUGUUAGUUUAACUUCAGGGGCGACAGUUUCAAGUUUACCUGAUUCCGCUCAACUAUGCAUUCGUUUGACGUCUUUGUAUUGCUAUGUUAAAGUCAACUUGUUCCGUGGCCGGUGGGCAAGUUCUGAAUGAACACGGCGCUACUUUAUUUAUGUCUGUCUUGGGUAACUUGCAAUCGCCGACAAAAUUGUUGAGACUAUCCUCAAAUGGGGUACUUUGGAAAGUAAGACAUCUGCACCUCUCCACUCCCCCCUCCAUUUCAAGUUGUCAGUGGUGUUUGUUGUUUGUUACUGGUAGCUGGUAGCUGGUACAGAGGCCUAACAGUGCUUGGAGGGGGUGGGGUAAGGAAAGAUUCAUUCCCCCUUCCCCUUCCCCUUCCCCUUCGAACGCCUGCCACGCUGGCUACUUUUUAAGUGCAAAACGUCACAAAGGGUCUUUAUGGCAAAGUGUCUUAACUGUUCUUUCCCCGAUUGUAGCCUGCAAGCAAGCUCUACGACUGAAAAUCGCGAGAGUCGUGCUUGCUCGCAGACUAGCGGUAACCAAGGUUUCUUACAGAUUUGUUGAUGCCUGGGACCUUUUUUUACUCUUCAAGAUGUGAUAUGCAGUUUAUUUUAGUGAGUGAGCAUAUGGAGUUGUUAACACGUGUGUGUAGAGUCUCGAUUGUCCUGAAAAUAGAGGUUUGGAGUGACGGUACUAAGCACAGUUGAGCAGAAGUCGUACCAAUGAUGGUAUGAACAACAAAAUGGUCGCUGGCUAUUCCUUUGGUAUCUACAUGUAUCUGGUAUUGAUUCCUGUGUAAAAUUACUAAAAUUAAAAUUUCUGAUUGUUAAAAUUUAAGUUACUAUCCCGUUUAUUUAUUAUCCCGUUUUAGAGUUGAACGACUUCGUUAUCCAACUAGAUGAGGAAGUUGAAGGCAUGCAGUCAACCAUCUUAACGCUUCAGCAUCAACUCAAAGACUGCAAACAGCAAUUGACUCAAUCACAAGAGAAAUUGCUUGUUUAUGAAGACAAACUAAAGACAAGUGAAGGUUUGCUUGCUGAAAUGCGCCAGCAAAAUUCACCGGUCAGUCUAAAGUCCGAGGAACAAGAGGAGCAUGCGCCAUCGCAAGCGCAAUUGCAGCAAGCGAAAACGGAAGUAUGGACCAGCGGUGUUGAAUCUGCGACAGGCGGCGAGGAAGGCGAUAGGACAUCCCACGCCUCGCAAAGCGAAGAGAGCGUUGAGGAAGAAAGGAUACUGCUUAGCGCUCCCGUCCCCGUUCCGGUUACUAGUACUGUUCCCACUAAACCUGUAGCGAGCGCGCCUCCGGCAUUCUCUAUCAGCCAGUUGCUCUCAUCCGACUCGAACCUUGGGAAGGAGAAAAAAGAGGAAAACUCUUUAGAAAACGGCAGUAGUGAACACAAAAUCCCACCGGCGUUAGAACCUUGUGCUGAAAUAACCGAAUCCCCUCUUAUCGCGGCCAUGGGUGUGGUGGAGAGAAUCGGCUGUGAUUCGAACACUUACAAUGGGGAGGUGACGGGUUCAAGCAGCGCUUUCAUGAACCUUACCCCACCCUACACUCUUUAUCAUCUUCCCCCCCGCAGCCAUUAUCCGUUGUGCAAUUUUGGAUACGGUUAAUCUACUUGCACGCUCGAGUGCGUAGAGGAAGCAGUGCUUUCUUAUAGGACGUUUUGGAUGUCUUAAAUUAUCAAUAAAGUACC